GCAGCAAAGGAAAGGAAAGUGGAAGGUUCCAGUGCAGAAAAGUUGUGGUUCAAGUUUUGCCAAAUAUCUGGGAAAGAAAGAAAUCAUAAUGAGUACUGUUAUUUGGGAUAUGACGCCAUAUGUACCUCUAACAGGUUACAUGUCGUCACGAAAUGGAAGAUAGUAUUCUUCGUAACCACCACAAUGAGGAACUCAAAUACAACGGAGAACAUGUUGAAAAAUUCAAAUGAAUUUAGUACCACAACAGGACAUUUCUCCAUUUUCAUGGCAGGAAGAAUACAGUGACAAAAAUCGUCAAAAAUGUCACGGGAUCGAGCAUCACGGCGUUUCUACCGCAUGGAAAGCCAAAAUGAACUCUUAGCUUUUAUGGAUAAAGGUGAGAUGGCCUCUAUCCAGAACCGCUGGACUUUUGAAGCUGCAUGGGAAGUUGCUAAUAAAGUUGGAGGUAUUUAUACUGUAAUUCGAUCAAAGGCAUAUGUAUCAACAGAAGAGAUGGGGGAUCAGUACUGCUUGCUGGGUCCAUACAAAGAGCACUCAGCUCGAACAGAAGUUGAGGAAUCAGAUUUCACUGGACCCUUAUACACAGCUGUCAGCAAGAUGAGAGAAAAAGGAUUCAAGAUCCACACAGGAGCAUGGCUGGUAGAUGGAAACCCUCAGAUCAUCCUUUUUGAUAUUGGAUCUGGUGCAUGGAAACUGGAUGAAUACAAACAAGAACUCUGGAAUAAGUGUAACUUGGGCAUCCCGCACCUUGACAUUGAAGCUAAUGAUGCUGUAAUUCUUGGCUACAUGGUGGCACAGUUUAUCGAAGAGUUCCGGAAGGUUGCUGAAGAAUAUUCAGAUUAUGUGCCAAGAAUAGUGGUUCACUUCCAUGAAUGGCAAGCUGGUGUUGGCCUCAUAGCUCUCCGUACUAGACAUAUAGAUGUGGCAACAGUGUUUACAACACAUGCAACUCUGUUGGGACGUUAUUUAUGUGCUGGCAACAUAGACUUCUAUAAUAACUUGGACAAGUUUUCUGUGGAUGAGGAAGCUGGAAAGAGACAGAUUUAUCAUCGCUACUGCAUGGAGCGAGCAGCAUCUCAUCUUGCACAUGUGUUCACCACUGUGUCAGAAAUUACUGGCUAUGAGUCUGAACAUCUCUUGAAAAGGAAACCGGAUGUCAUCACACCAAAUGGAUUAAAUGUGAAGAAGUUCUCAGCAAUUCAUGAAUUUCAGAAUUUACAUGCUAUCUCAAAGGAGAAAAUCCACGAGUUUGUUCGAGGACACUUCUAUGGGCACUAUGAUUUUGAUCUGGAUAAGACUCUAUAUUUCUUCAUCGCUGGCCGAUAUGAAUUUGGAAACAAAGGAGCUGAUAUAUUCAUUGAAGCAUUAGCUCGAUUAAACCACUAUCUGAAGUCCUCUCAUCCCGAUAUCACCGUAGUAGCAUUCCUCAUAUUUCCAGCAAAAACUAACAACUUUAAUGUGGAAAGCUUGAGAGGACAUGCUGUAACAAAGAGUCUUCGAGACACACUGAAUGAUAUACAGCAGAAAAUGGGCAAAAGGAUGUAUGAAGUAUGCCUUAGUGGACGACUGCCUAACCCAAAUGAACUGCUGCAGAAGGAUGACAUGGUGAAAAUCAAACGCUGUAUUUAUGCACUGCAGAGAGAUGGGUUACCACCAAUCACAACACACAAUGUAGUGGAUGACUGGAGUGAUCCUGUGCUCAAUUCUGUGAGGCGAUGUCAGUUAUUCAACACGAUUCAUGAUCGUGUAAAGAUUGUAUUUCACCCUGAAUUCUUGUCAUCUACAAACCCUCUGUUCGGACUGGACUAUGAGGAAUUUGUUCGAGGUUGUCAUCUUGGUGUUUUCCCCAGUUAUUAUGAACCCUGGGGCUACACACCUGCCGAGUGCACAGUGAUGGGUAUCCCGUCUGUCACCACCAAUUUGUCAGGUUUUGGUUGCUUCAUGCAAGAACAUAUAGCUGACCCAAUGAGCUACGGAAUCUACGUUGUGGACCGACGUUUCAUUGCACUUGAAUCAUCAGUGCAACAGCUGGCCCAUUAUAUGUAUGACUUCGCCAAACUCAACCGACGUCAAAGAAUUAUCCAACGUAAUCGAACAGAGCGACUUAGUGAUCUGCUGGACUGGAGAAACCUUGGAAUUUAUUACAGACAGGCACGUAUGAAGGCUCUUCAGAAAGUUUAUUCUGACUUAGAUAUGGAUGAUGAUGCUUCUGUGGGAAGGUUCAAUUACCCACGCCCCAUUUCAGAGCCUCCCUCACCAUCUUCAUCACGCCACACCACACCAGCAGCAUCCCGGCAUGGUAGUGAUGAUGAAGAUGAAGUUGAUGAUGAGAAGGAGCUGGAAGAGCUGGGUGUAAAUAACGUUGACCAUGUGAGUCGAUAAGCAUCAGGUAUUAAUACCAUGUAGAGCUUAGCAGAAACAGACCAUUCUGUUUCUGUUUUGUUGCGGGAUAAAAUAUUGUAAGGUGUAGUCUCUUGACAGAUUUGUAUUCUCCUUUAGUAGCCACAUGUCUCAACAGACUGCAAUAUUUGCAUACUGUUUUACAAAAAUCGAAAUAUCAGCUACUUGGAAUGAAACUGAGCUACUGGUUAUUGACGGUUAGUAUAUAUCUUUUACCUCACAUACAUUGCAAAAAGAAGCAUAGUUCAUAUUUACUUAUUCACUCUGAAUUACAUAGAAUCAUAUGUACAGAAUAUUGGUUCAUGUGUUCUGUUUUCUCAGUAAUUUAUUACCAUUUUCGUUACUAUGCUCAGAUUUUAGUCUGAGAUCAUUUUGCUGCAUGUCUUAAUUAACACUUUCAGGCUCAUAUGAAAAUUCAUCAGAUUACCCUUGCAGCCCAGCCAUUUUACCCAGGGCACAAGGUUUUUCAGCUUAAUACACGAACAUAUAUAAUAAUAAUCAGUAUUUCUGUGAACAUUUUAAUAUCGCCUAAACUGUUCUUCAUAUAUGUUGUUUUAGAGUCUUCUCUCAACUGUGGAAUGAACUAUAGGAACAAACUGUGACUCUUGAAAUACUUUGGAAUGUCUGACCAUUGGCAUAUAUUAGAGGACAGAUAUCAGAAAUUUCUAACCAUGGGUCUGUGUUAAAAUGGUGCACUGUGGGUAUUUAAAAUAUAGUAUAAUGAUAGUAUUGCUGUGAAGUUUUAAUGCAUUCACUGCUAUCUAGGUUGAUUUAAUAGUGUCAGAAUCAGUUUAACCAGACUACAUGGUGUUAUAUCCCACAAGAUAUAACUGUUCAUAACCACCAUCAUGAGGACCUCAAGUCCUAUGAUGUAAGUCUGAUUGGCACACCUCUCCUUACAAUCUGAAUAAAAUUGUGAUAAAUUGCACCAUGUAUGAGCAGAGGUUACUUUGAAGGGUCAUUUAAAUCACUGGACAUUACAAGCUUCCUACUAUU